CCUUUGUUGGUGAAUCAUAUAAUGUCUUGUCAUGAGGAAGAAGAUGAGAAGAUGCUUGGAAGAAUGGGUUACAAGUCUCGAAGAAUACCAGAUUGUCUCACUAAGAUGAAGUGCUCUAGCACAAAAGUCUAAAAUCAAUGUACUUGACUUCGACCUUAGCAGUCCACAACUACACGCAGUCUCCUUCUCGCCACAUUCCUUCAAAUUUCAAGGAAGAAAAGGCUUCACAAAAGUCUAAAAUAUAUGUACUUGACUUUGAGCUAAGCAGUCCACUACUACACGCAGUCUCCUUCUCGCCACAUUCCUUGAAAUCAAGGAAGAAAAGGCUUCAACCAAAACAAUAUAGUCAAAACUAAAACAUAUCUGGGGAGAAGACCUGAACCCUUCCAUGUCUCAGGUCUACGACAACUGGGAGAGGUUGGUGUCAGCCGUGGUGAAGAGGGAGCAGAUCUGGCAACUCUGCCAUGAUCAUUCCAGAAGCCCCAGCAUCAGCUCCCAAUCAUCCGAUUUCAGUUCUGUCCUUCACGAUGAUGACUUGAUGACUUCUCCUCUUUACCAGGAACGCAGAGAAGGCACCGGGCUUCCCCGGGUGACAGGGCCAUCAGUUUCUGGCCAGGCUUCCUCAGGCCCGAAAGAGCAGUUUCCAAGAAGAAGAUACGAAAAUAAUCCCCGCAACAACCCUGAUGAACUUCUCUUAGCACUUGGGAGAACCCAAGAACCAAUGCUGGAAACAAAUUUUGAUGAAAUCUUGAAAUCCGCUAAUCUAGACGGGCCUUUUGCAAGAGUUGGCCAACCUGAUGAGUGUGAGUGGAUUCAGCGAUACGAACCUGGCGUGUACGUUACACUUGUAUGCCUUAAAAACGGAAGCACAGACGUGGAGCGGGUGCGCUUCAGCCGGAGAAUAUUCGAGAAGCAAGAAGCAGAGGCCUGGUGGAUCAAGAAUCGAGAACAAGUUUAUUACAGAUAUAACGCUCGGGCCGGGCUAACCCGAAUACAACUUUUACGAGACAGCCGUCGCCAACAACUUCUUAGGAUCCGUUUGUUUGAUGACGAACGACAUCUCUAUUGGGCAUUUAAUUCUCGGACAUCAGAACUUUUAGGAGCGCCCGACAACCGGCGGCAGAGAGGACUGACGGUUUAGGUUGCAACUACAGGGAACAUAUCUCCCUAAAUCCUGGAGGUUUGGUAUCGCCUUCUAUUUUUGUACUGAUGCAGAAAUGAAUUGACCGAAAUUCCCUAUUUCUCUUUGAGUUUCUUUUCUAAAUGCAUACUUAACUUUCCUACAAAAAGUCCCACCACGCUCAUAAACAAAAACAAUGAUUAAUUAAAUAAACAGAAUAAACAAUUAUAUUUCAAGUGUGAUCUAACCAAUAGUACAAAUAAAACCAACUGAAUCAAGAUAUGCAUGUUAUGAACAUGCAUACAUACAUGCCUACACACUUAUUUGCAAUGGAAAAGGAGAAAAAAAUCAUUAAUUUCUUAUACACAUUAUUCAUUUAAAAUUUGUUAAAUGAAUUAAUAAAAAACUCUAUUUAAUGAAUAUAAAAACUUAUUUAGAUGGGUCUUAAUUAGUAGCUUUUAUUAUUAGUUUCUCUAUUUAUGGGCUUUACUUUCACUUGCUUUGUUCCUUGUUUGAGUUGAGAGACGACAAACAUGCACCUCACUUCCUAGUUCCUACAGCAAGAACUCUGGAAAUUCCUAAGAAAACUUGUAUGCAGUGAUCUGUCGUCUGGACCAUCAUAAAGGAGCGCUCAUAACAUAUUGAGAUAGGAUUCUUCACCAAAGAGUAGGGAAAUAAAGGAAUGCUGAAAAUGAGACAAGUUUUUCAGAAUACAAAUAGUACUGCCUUUCCUCUUUUCUUCUUUUGAAGGGGAUGGCUGGUGACUUAAAAUUUAUUAAAUUGCUUUUUUGGAGUUUGUUCAACAGCUGACCUUGGCAAAACGUGUCUAGCACUUCCACAUUUCUCCUGAUGAAUAUUUCUUGAAAUUUCAAGCUGCAAAAAGUUAAGGUUUCAAUGACAAUCAUAUAUAGGACUAAUAUGUUAUGAUCACCAAAAAGAGGGGAUUCGGAAAUUUCACCAUGCCCCCUGGAGAAGCUCAAGCAUCAGAUCUCAGCCCUGGUUGUUCAACUUCUCGAUUUGAUGAAAACUCAAAAUCUAUUGAAACUGAGAAUGAGGCUACUGAAGAAAACAGCAACUGGGAGAGGUUGGUAGCAGCCGUGCUGAAAAGAGAGCAGAUACGGCAAAUGUGCCACACCCCCUCAAGAAGCUCAAGCAUCAGCUCCAUAUCAUCAGAUUUGGAUCCUAGUUCAGCUUCUCAAUUUGAUGAAAACAUAAAGUCUACUGCAAUUGACCGUGAUCAGCCGGAUGAACAACACGAACCAUCAGGGUGUUCAUCCAAAGCCUCCAGAGAUCAAAGCAUAGAGGUCAAACAGGCAUGCUUCAGGUACCUCCUCUCAGAUGAGAUUGCAGAGAAUUGCUUAAAAUGAUUAUUUUUCUUUUUUCGACAUUCUGCAGGAUUUAGGAGUUGAAUAGCUGUUAUUUUGUACCAUCUCUUCUGUUUGCCUAUUUUUAUGCAGCCAGAGAAAAUUAAAGGAAAAGGCAAUAACCUGGUGGCUUAACAAAAGAGACAAAGUUUACAAGAAAUAUAAUGAUCUCCUCUUGUUCGCCCGAAUCAGGCGGUCAUCAAUUUCAGGCCAGGCUCGCUCAGCCUCCGAAGCCCAUUCUCAACAAAAGUGAAGAAAGUAAUCAACUUGGUGGACCUCGAAGAUAUGAACGGCCAUUGUAUGAGACCACUUUAAAGGAAUAUGUGAAAUCCAGAAAUUCAGAGGUCAGGGAAACUGCUACUCAGCUUGUGGUUAAUAGGAACCAGGGGUAGAUGCAACAAUUAGAGCCCUUGGAGAUGCAACCAGAGACAUCUGUGAUUCAGGAACUUAAACUUUCAGAUUACUCUUUUUGUCUUAAAAUGGAUGUCACUAUUUGAAUGCUAAACUCUGUUAACAUGAAGUUAAACAAGUGAAGCUUUUAUCCUUUACACUUUUACCAUUGGAAUUAGCUACAAUUCUGUACUUUUAAAUAACAACAUACCUUUUUCUUUUAAAUGCUUUUGAAGGGGUAAACUAUUAUCAAUGAGAUACUACUCCAGUAGACAACUUUUACAAUCUCUUUUCUCUAUAGAUAAUUUGUUUGUUGUGAUGUGUCGUCGGUGAACAUUCCAUGAGCACCAAGCAGAGGCCUGGUGGCUCAUCAAGAAGAAGUUAAUGUGGAAUACAAUGCCGUCCUGGCUAGCCUGAAUCGGGCUGCAACGAGUUUCUAGUCAGGCUCCCUACUAUUGCUUGUUACUACAUCAUCAUGUCUCUGCCUGAUAGUUAUCUUUCGUUUUCAUUCUAUCCUGUGAUGCAUGAUAGUUAUGGAGCGGUAAUUAUGUGAAUGCCCUGACAUAUGCUCGCAAGGUUGUGAGGAUAUGCAAGUAUGCAACACAGCUUACAAGAGCUCGGAUUAUAAUAUUCAGGUUGUUCCGCCAAGCUGUUUAAUAGAUAAUAUUCAAGUUUUUUCUGCCUUUGUUGGUGAAUGAUAUAAUGUGUCUUGUCAUGAGCAAGAAGAUGAGAAGAUGCUUGGAAGAAUGGGUUACAAGUCUCGAAGAAUACCAGAUUGCCCCACUAAGAUGAAGUGCUCUAGCACAAAAGUCAAAAAUAUAUGUACUUGACUUUGACCUUAGCAGUCCACAACUACACGCAGUCUCCUUCACGCCACAUUCCUUGAAAUUUCAAGGAAGAAAAGGCUUCAAUCAAAACAAUAUAGUCAAAACUAAAACAUAUCCGGGGAGAAGACCUGAACCCUUCCAUGUCUCAGGUCUACGACAACUGGGAGAGGUUGGUGUCAGCCGUGGUGAAGAGGGAGCAGAUCUGGCAACUCUGCCAUGAUCAUUCCAGAAGCCCCAGCAUCUGCUCCCAAUCUUCCGAUUUCAGUUCUGUCCUUUACGAUGAUGACUUGAUGACUUCUCCUCUUUACCAGGAACGCAGAGCACUUGGGAGAACCCAAGAACCAAUGCUGGAAACAAAUUUUGAUGAAAUCUUGGAAUCCGCGAAUCUAGACGGGCCUCUUGCAAGCGUUUGCCGACCUGAUGAGUUUGAGUGGAUUCAGCGAUACGAACCUGGCGUGUACGUUACACUUGUAUGGCUUAAAGACGGAAGCACAGACGUGGAGCGCGUGCGCUUCAGCCGGAGAAUAUUCAAGGCGCAAGAAGCAGAGGCCUGGUGGAUCAAGAAUCGAGAACAAGUUUAUUACAGAUAUAACGCUCGGGCUGGGCUAACCAGAAUACAACUUUUACGAGCUCCCGACAGCCGUCGUCAACAACUUCUUAGGAUGCGUGCGUUUGAUGGCGAAUACAUCUCUAUUGGGCAUUUAGUUCUCGGACAUCAUAACUUUUACGAGCGUCCGACAACCAGCGGCAGAGAGGACUGAGGGAGAUAUUUCUGAGAACAAGUAAAAUACCAAUCCCUGUGCACUUCUUACAGCACUGAGGGAAUCUUUGCUCUAAAUAUAAUGUAUUAGAAUUUUGAAAAUGUAUGUGAUAUUUCUGAAUUUAGGCUGCAACUACAGGGAAUAUAUCUCCCUAAAUCCUAUCGGUUUGGUAUUGACUUCUACUUUUGUACAAAAUAAAAACUCACUGCUGCAUAAAUGAAUUGGGGGAAGUUGCUUUUUCCUCUUUGAGUUUUUUCUCUAA